AUGUGUGGCAUUCUAGCCCUUAUCCUCGCUAAUACCAGUGAGGCAGCGAGUGUCGAUCUCCAUGAAGCCCUCUACCUCCUACAGCACCGUGGCCAGGACGCCUGUGGUAUAGCCACUUGCGCCUCGGCCGGCCGUAUCUUCCAGUGCAAAGGCAAUGGAAUGUGUGGAAAGGUCUUCCAAGAUGGCCAGCGCGUUGCGGAUCUACCUGGGUUCAUGGGACUUGGCCAUUUGAGAUAUCCCACCGCAGGAAGCUCAGCCAACGCAGAGGCUCAGCCGUUCUACGUCAACAGUCCCUAUGGCAUCACCCUCGCACACAACGGUAACUUGAUCAACGCUCCAGAGCUGAAGAGAUACCUGGACUAUGAAGCGCACCGUCACAUCAACACCGACAGCGACAGCGAAUUGAUGCUUAAUAUCUUUGCCAAUGAGCUCAACGAGACCAAAAAGGCUCGUGUGAACGUGGAAGAUAUCUUCGCUGCGCUUAGUCGGAUGUAUGAACGCUGCGAAGGUGGAUGGGCAUGCACCGCUAUGCUCGCCGGAUUCGGCGUACUCGGCUUCCGUGACGCAUACGGAAUCCGACCAUUGAUCAUCGGCUCUCGGCCUUCGCGGAGCGGACCGGGAAUGGACUACAUGAUGGCCUCGGAGUCCGUUGCUCUGGACCAGCUCGGUUUUACUAACCACCGUAACAUCGUACCGGGCGAAGCUGUCAUCAUCCAGAAGGGCCACGAACCUGUCUUCCGCCAGGUACACCCCAGACUCAACUAUACCCCGGACAUCUUCGAGUACGUCUACUUCGCUCGUCCAGACUCGGUCAUCGACGGAAUCAGCGUAUACCGCGCUCGGCAACGCAUGGGUGAAAAGCUCGCAAAGCGAAUCAUCUCCGUUCUCGGCCCGGACGCUAUCAAAGACAUAGACGUUGUUAUCCCUGUGCCCGAAACUUCCAACACCUCCGCCGCUGCUCUUGCCCGAUACUUGGACAAGCCUUACUCUCAAGGUUUCGUGAAGAACCGGUAUGUUUUCCGGACGUUUAUCAUGCCGGAGCAGAAGGCUCGGCAAAAGGGAGUCCGUCGGAAAUUGAACGCCAUGGCGUCGGAGUUCAAGGACCGAAACGUCCUGUUGGUCGAUGAUAGUAUUGUUCGCGGUACCACAAGUAGAGAGAUUGUCAUGAUGGCCAGAGAUGCCGGGGCAAAGAGCGUCUUACUUGCUAGCUGUGCUCCUGAGAUAGCCCAUCCUCACAUCUAUGGCAUCGACUUGGCCUCUCCCCGUGAAUUGGUUGCUCAUGAUCGUGACAUCAAGGCGAUCACAGCUUACAUCGGUGCCGAUGCCGUCAUUUACCAGACUCUGGACGACCUUAUCGCUUCUUGUGCCGAAAUAUCCACUGAAGGCGGUAAUGCAGACCCCGUUAAGUUCGAAGUAGGUGUUUUCAACGGUAUAUACACCACUCCUGUCUCAGCCAACUACUUCGAACACGUAGAGAAGCUGCGCGGCGAAGGCAGAAAAAUCAAGAGAGUUGAAAGCGCCAGGGCCGCUGUUCUCAAUGGUGCCGCGAGCCAUGAGAAUCUCCUCAUCGCCUCUAGCAAAGUCGACCUAGACGCCAACGGGAAACCACUUAUCGUUGACACCGUCAGACCUGUGGUAGAUGCUGGUAUUGCCAAUUCUACCGAUUCGUCUUUGCAGGCGCAAGCUCAGGCGGAUAAUAGCCAAUGUCAACCCCGAAAAUCCACCGAAGCUCCACCUCACGUCAAAGAUAGAAUGGACAUCAGCAUUCAUAACCUCGGCGAUUAUUAA